AUGGGCAAACGUGACGUUGACAGAAUCAGCUCUGAACCAGUGGAGGACACAGACACCACCACCUUUGUGGCAGAAAUUUCUUUAGAAGCUAAUUACCCUGUCCAAGUCACCGACCCUAAUGAUGCCGUGACACUCCACCUUAGCUCAAUGCCUUCUGGAUAUCUGAGCCCCUCCAAUAAAAUCCAGCAGCCAGUCAAAGACACUGAAGAAUGUACUAGCCUCAAAUCUGCUUCACAAGAUUACCCUAAAGAACUCCAAUUCCGGCUGACUAGCCCGUGUGAAAAGUGCUGCCGUCCCACACCUCCUCCCAAGAUCAGCGACCUCUUGAACGACAAAGAUCUUCUGGACUUAUUGCGACUCAAGCUGGACCCUAACCACUGCACUGUAAAAAACUGGAAAAACUUUGCUAGCCGCUGGGGCAUGAGCUACGACGAGCUGACUCUGCUGGAGUACCGGACCCAAGGUUCCCUGUCGCACAGCCCCACUCAGGAGUUUCUCCUGCGUUACAACCAGAAACCAGUCACCGAGCUUACUGAACUUUGUCGCUUUUACCAGCGCAUUGACGUGUUGCGACUGCUGCAGAGUUGGAUGGAAAAGGACUGGCCGUCACGUUGGCAACAAGCAAAUUAG